AUGGGAAAGACGGGCGCCGUGGCCUAUUGCCAGUCCAAGGUGGACCAAAUGUUCGGCGAACUCUUGAAAGCCCGACUAAUUGGAUGCGCAGCUCCAUCCCAGCAACUAGGUGUCCGAACGCGACGCGGAUUUUCUGCGGUGAAGGACACGUUGCAGCAAAUGGUGCCGCUUUCGCAUCCAUCUACUGACAAGAUCAUCUGCCUUUAUACCGAUCCCAGCGACACGGAUUGGGUUGCUUUCUGCACCCUGGUCCCGUCCGAAGACCUGAAAUUGGUCAUGGUGGGUUUGGCGGGGCAAGUGCCCGGUGGUCGAUGGUGGAACAGGAAGCGUUUGCGAUCGUCGAGACGUGCAAACGACUGA